GAGAUUCGUAAUUUUUUCGAAGUAACAAAAUCUAAAGGAAGCGUUUUAGGUCAAAUAUGUGGAGUCAUACGCCGAGUUUCAGGUUCGAGAUAGAUAACUUCUCGGAGCAGGAAGCUAAGAUAACGUCUCAGACAUUCGUAAGUGGUGGAUGCGAGUGGUAUCUCACUGUUUACCCCAAGGGAGAGUGUCUUUCUGAUGAUCACUUGUCUUUGUUCAUGUCCGUUGCAAAUUCUAAAUCAUUGGGAAGGGGUUGGAAUAGGAGUAUUGAUUAUUACUUCGUUCUGUUGACUCAAUCCGACAAAGAGCUCUACAGAUCAAAGUUAACUCUGUUUUUUUUUGUUUUUAUAGUUCAAAAGCAAACAGAGUUUAAGGAGAAGUCCCCGAGCUGGGGUUUCCGAAAGACCUUGCCUCUUAGCAAGUUUCAGGAAAAAGGGUUUCUGGAGAACGACAAACUCAUCUUUGAAGUCUACAUUCAAAUUGUAGAAGCUUCUGAUGUAGAAGGAGGAGGUAUAUCAGCGAAGGACACUGUGGAUAUCAACGGUUUUAAAGUUCUUGCUUCUCAGGCUAACUCAGUGAGGAAGAUAUUCUCCGAGCACCCAGACUUGGCAGAAGAUUUCAAACUAAAGAACCAAGUGGUGAGGAUGGAAUACAUGAAUGUCCUUGUCAACCUCAUUGUGACACUUCACAAGCCUUCAGAGAAUCACUCAGAGUCUGAGCUAAGCCAUGCUCGCAGUGAUUUGUGUGAGCUGAAGGAAGCAGGGUUCAAGCUGGACUGGUUGCAGUCAAAGCUCGAUGAAGUUUCCUUGAAAAGGAAGAAAGCAGUUGUUGAUUUCCACCAACUCGAUGGGCGUGUUAAGAAUCUUGAUUUCAAGCUGGACUGUUUGAAGACAAAGCUGGCUUCCUUGGAGAGCAAGAAAACAUAUGAAGCUGAUGGUUCUCGGUUCCAAACACUAGAGGAACGCGUCAAAAAACUUGAGCUGAUGGAAUUGGACUACAAGUUGGACUGUUUGAAGACAAAGCUUGAGAAUGUUUCCUUGGAGAAGAAGAACACAGAUGAUGAUGGGUCUCGCGUCCAACAACUAGAGGAAAGCGUGAAGAAUCUUAAGAUGAUGGUGUCACAUCUCAAUGUUGAACUGGACAAGAAGAAAGGUAAAACUUCUGAUGAUGGGUUUUUGUUGGUCGACGACGAGGUUGCUUAA